AUGUUGUUACCUCGCUCUGAUGAUGUCCGUCAUAUGACGGACGAAAGCUCACACCUUUUCACCGGAAUCGAAGGAGAUUACCUCGGAAACAGCGUCAACAUGAAUCAUCCAGUAAAGUCAAUCGACAGCUGGUCAAGAGGAAUCCGCCGUGAUCUUCUAAUGGAACCGACCUUCGAAUCUCUUCACCCAACACUUUCACUUGAAAUGGAAUUAAGCUCAACAAUGAUCUGA